AUGACGUUAUUGUGGCACGCUCCUUCCUCUUGCUUUCCUUGCUAGCACGUCCAUUUAGUUAGCUAGCGAAACAGGCUCUUUAACCCCGUAGGGGAACUGUUAUGAAUCAUUUGACCAGUGUAGUAUAAUAGAUUUUUUUGGUUUUCAUAAUCUUGUUAGUAAUUGAUAUUGGAAAAUGAACAUACGAAACGCACGGCCGGAGGACCUAAUGAACAUGCAGCACUGUAACCUGCUGUGUCUUCCAGAAAAUUAUCAGAUGAAAUACUACUUCUAUCACGGCUUGUCAUGGCCACAGCUCUCAUAUAUAGCAGAGGAUGAAAAUGGGAAAAUUGUGGGAUAUGUGCUCGCAAAGAUGGAGGAGGACCCAGAUGAUGUACCUCAUGGACACAUAACAUCCCUGGCAGUAAAGCGGUCCCACCGACGUCUGGGACUGGCUCAGAAGCUGAUGGAUCAAGCCAGUCGGGCCAUGAUAGAAAACUUCAAUGCUAAAUAUGUCUCACUUCAUGUUCGCAAGAGCAACCGAGCUGCCCUGCACCUGUACUCAAACACACUUAAAUUCCAGAUUAGUGAAGUAGAGCCCAAAUACUACGCAGAUGGGGAGGAUGCCUACGCCAUGAAAAGAGACCUGGCCCACAUGGCUGAUGAGGGUCCCCUGGUCAUCUCACAGCUGAGGAAACCCGGAGCACGCGUGCCGGGUCAAGAGGCACAAUCUGGCCAAAGUCCGUCGGGGUCCGGUGACCAUGAGAGAGAAAGCGAGAGAGACAGCGGAGGAGAGAGCAAAGAGCUGAGCGAAGUCAGCGAGGCAACAGAAAGCACAGAUGUUAAAGAUUCCUCUUCUGAUUCACAGUGACACUGCAGCUUUAGACAUUUUUAAAAUCAUCCCUUGCAUCCAGUUUUUAUCUAUUUGCCAUUUCCCCUGACCUUACACACUGAUUAUCUCGGCACCAAAAAUGCUCCAACAUUUACGUCACUUUUUUAUUUUUGGUAAUUCUGGUUAUUUUUUUUUUUCCUGCAGUGAUGAGCAGAGACUUUGUUAAUAGCAUCAAUCUACUCAGUUAUCUAAAUUAAAUACAAAUUAAUUACUGGUCUGGUCAUUUUUAUGGGAUUAUUGUCAUUGUAAAAGCUGUGUGAGGUUUAAGACCGCCUGUACUUUUCAAUUGGUCUUUAUUUGACAGAAUAAAUCUGUCAAAUAAUACUUCUUGUAUUUCAUUUUUGUCAAAAAAGGCAUCAAAUAAUGAGCAUCUCUGAACGAAAACCAGCAGAGUCGGAUAAGUUAUUCAACUGCCACCUUGGUAUUGUGAGUGAUGAUCUGAUUAAAAGUUAAAGACCCCAAAAAAUAGGAUAAAAACCUUGAUGAUGGAAUAAACUGAUAAAAAGAAAAAUUCUUCCACGUUAAUGAUUUAACCCAACUCAUUGUGUCUGCAUUCUUCCUCCGUGGGCUACGUCCUUUUCUUUUUCCAAAAAUGGUACUGUAGCUUCUAAGCUGAACUAAUCCUCUGCAAAGAGUUUGUUUUUAAUACAUACGAUUAAAGAUGGAAAGGACAUCAUAGAUAUCUGUCCUCAGGUAACUGGUUGAACACAUGACAAGGAGAUAAACAUGAAUCACUUGUGAGCAUGCCACCAGUUCACUAUAUGGUGUAGGUAGGUGUAAAUACUAGAACAGCUGCCACAAGUCUUCAAUCGGAAGGAUUUUGAUCUGUAAAAAUGAGUGCUUGUAAGCACGGCCACUGUGGAAACAUGUUCGAUGCCAUGUAGUAAUGGAAUGCUGAAGUUCAUAUUAAAGUGUCAUCUACUCA